UUUUUAUAUAUAACAAUGGUGUUAUUGACCAAUGAUAUUAUAGUAACACCAACAGAAGCAGUCGAUCUGAACAAGUUCAAACAAUGUAAUGAUCAAUCAUUCUGUAGAGUCAAUCGUAAUAUAGAAGACGACCCUUCACGUAUACAUUAUAAGAUAGUACCAUCAUCUUUACAUAUUGAUACAGAGGGUCGUCUGCAAGCUGACUUGAUCGAAGAGGGCCUUGCCGACAAGGAGGGCCACUCCGACAGGGAACACCCACUAUCACUGGAGAUACGCGCACUUGAAGAUGACACCAUCCGUAUGACCAUCACAGAGAAGGUGUCCGUCACCAAGAACAAGCGCUAUCAAGUCAAUGAUGUGCUGCUCCCCAACAUCGAGUACGCACCCAUCAAGACACUGCAUAUGAGCAGUGACAACGACGCCACGUUUGAGUUUGGUCGACACUCUUACGCACGUAUCCAAUACCGACCGUUCAAGCUCGAUGUCUUUGUCGACGACAUCCUGGCCAUCUCUGCCAACGAGCGCAGCUUCUUCAAGUUUGAACGCACGCUGACACAUCCUGCGCCCGACACCAAAUGGCCCGAGAUGUUUAGAGACCAUCCUGACAGCAGGCCUCGCGGUCCAAUGUCCGUCGCCAUGGACAUCAGCUUCAUUGGCACAUCGCACGUCUAUGGCAUCCCCGAACACACCACAUCGCUUGCACUGCGCUCAACUCGUGGUAACAAGAUCAACGACAACCCAUACAGAUUGUACAACCUGGACGUGUUUGAGUAUGAGCUCGACAAGACCACAGCGUUGUACGGUGCCGUGCCACUGAUGCUCUCACACGAUGCCAACAAGACUGUUGGAGUGUUUUGGCUCAACUCUGCCGAGACCUUUAUCGAUGUGUCUGAUGGCAUCAACUCAAAGUACACACAUUGGAUCAGUGAGACUGGUGUCAUGGACGUCUUCUUCCUCACGGGUCCAACUCCACUCAAGGUCUUCUCGCAGUACGCCGCACUGACAGGUACAACUGCACUUCCACAAUUAUUCUCACUUGGUUACCACCAAUGCCGUUGGAACUAUGUUAGUCAACAAGAUGUCGAGGAGGUUGACUCUGGAUUCGAUGACAAUAGUAUACCUUAUGACGUGAUGUGGCUGGACAUUGAGCACACUAAUGAAAAGAGAUAUUUCACUUGGGACAAGGCCAACUUUGGCUCACCCAAGGACAUGCUGGCAAAGAUCGAAGCCAAGGGCAGGAAGAUGGUGUCUAUCGUCGACCCGCACAUCAUGCGUGAACCUUCCUACUACAUCUACAAUGAGGCGAAGAGCAACAAGUACUUUGUCAACAACAAUAAGGGUGAGGAGUACGUUGGUUAUUGCUGGCCAGGUGACAGCAGCUACAUUGACUUUACCAACCCACAGGCGCGCGACUGGUGGGCUUCACAGUUUGCCUACAACAAGUACCAGGGCUCCACUCCAAUCCUAUACACAUGGAACGACAUGAAUGAGCCGUCAGUCUUCAACGGACCCGAGGUAUCAAUGAACAAGGAUGCCCUACACUAUGGCAACGCAGAGCAUCGUGAAGUCCACAAUCUCUACGGCUUCUACCAGCACAUGGCGACAGCAAAGGGUUUGGUCGAUCGUAACACCGACAAGAAUGACCGUCCCUUUGUGUUGUCACGAUCAUUCUUUGCAGGCACCCAGCGAUUCGGACCCAUCUGGACAGGUGACAAUGCUGCCAAGUGGUCGCAUCUCAAGGCGGCCCAGCCCAUGCUCCUCUCACUAGGCCUGACGGGCAUUACAUUCAGUGGUGCAGACGUUGGUGGUUUCUUUGGUAACCCAGAUGGCGAGUUAUUGGCACGAUGGUACCAGGCGGGAUCAUUCCAGCCAUUCUUCCGUGGACACUCUCAUCAUGACACCAAGCGCCGCGAGCCAUGGUUGUUCGGAGAUCCCUACCUCGGCAUCAUCAAGGCCGCCAUCCUACGCCGCUACACCUAUCUCCCACUUUGGUACACACUCUUCUACCAGAACACAUUGACUGGCGCACCCACCAUGCGUCCACUCUGGGUGGAGUUCCCAUCGGACCCAUCUUUGUUCGCUGUCGACAACGAGUUCAUGGUCGGCAAUUCAUUGUUGGUGGUCCCAGUUGUUGAACAGGGGGCAAAGACAACAAGAGUAAUGCUACCAGGUGGUGACACACAAACAUGGUACGACAUCGACACACUCAAGAGAUACUUUGCCUGCCACAUGGAGGUGGCCACACCUCUCGAUAAGAUACCCGUCUAUCAGCGUGGUGGCACGAUCGUGCCAAAGAAGGAGAGAGUGCGUCCAUCAACCAAGCACAUGGUCGAUGACCCCUAUACCCUGGUCGUGGCCCUAUCGGCCACACAACAAGCACGUGGCGAAUUGUACAUUGAUGACGGACAUUCGUUCGACUACCAGAAGGGACAAUACCUCUAUCGAUCAUUCGUUUACAAUCAUGGCAAGAUACAAUCAUCCUCAAUGGACAACAGUGCAGUAUACAAGCCCGCCAGCACCGUUGAGCGUAUCGUUGUUAUGGGUGUUGACAAGCGACCUUCCAGUGUGACUCGCGAGGGCCACAACCUACCAUUCGAGUAUGACAGGACAAUGCUCAAGCUAACCAUUGACAAGCUGUACAUACCAAUAUCAUCCAAUUGGUUGAUUGAGGUAGAG